UGUUGUAAAUGUUUUGACAUAAGUACUUAAUUUUUGUAUACAAAACAAUGUAGAAUUCCUUGCAAUCAAAGAAGUAUGUGAUUUUAUUUGUACAGAGAGAUCUUUAUUAAGAAUUGUUUUACUUCUAGUCUCCGAAAUUUAUUAGUUGUUUUAGCUGCAGUUGGUAAUACACUAAUUAUUUUUAUUUGUUUGCAACCCUGCAUUCUACCAUCGUACAAUAACAAAACAAAAUAAAUGCAUUGCCAGCCAAUUGAAUGUUUUUGCAAUUUUGCAUAUAUUCUUCCGUUAUUCUACUGUUCAUUAAAUCAUUCCGGCACACAUUUUACCGAUUUAAGGAUAUAAACAUUUAUAAAGUGUAAUCUUAACUAAUUCUAAUUAAAUCUCACGUGGUUUUGUGAUCGGCGUCUUUACUUUGAAAACAAUUAAUAUUCGAUACGAUUCGGAUGCUGGAUGAAUUGUUGAUUCCUGCUUUUUCAUCAAGCGGAUUUGUGUAUAUUCUUUUACUAGCGCCAAGAAAGGGCUGUUUGGCUAAUAUCAGUUUUAUAGCGCAAUGGCUGCACGUGGACGUGGGUUCCUGUAUUCCUUUAAGGUGGAGAAAGACUCAACUGAUGGCGAAACAUCACAAAAAGAUAGUGGGCUGGGAAGCAAAAGCCUUCAAUCUACUGGAGAGUAUCGCCGUAUUGGACGGGGCAGGCUGCUAGAUGAUCUGGCUUCCUCAUGCACUAACAUGACUCUUGAAGGUCGUUCAUCCGACGAUACCAAUCAAGGAAAUUCAACCUCUUCAAGUAAUUUAAAUAAACCUUCUACCUCAGGCGGACGUGGCCGGGCAAAUGUGUUCAAAAGCUUAUUUACUCCGGAUAAGCCAGAGGUACAGUUGAGUACUCAGACCGUAACGUCGAUGCCGGCUCCCACACCACAACCAGUGUUGGAGCCGAAACCAGAACCUAAUAUGGACUUAAUUGAGUCAGAUAUAUAUAACCCAGAAAUUAAACAUGGUAGUAAGGGUAUGCCAGUGCGUUUAGCAUGCAAUUACAUUCGAUUGUCGUCUGAUCCCGAAAAAGGGGUUUAUGUGUAUGAAGUACGAUUUCAUCCUCCUGUAGACUCACUUAGUUUGCGCAUGAAAUACCUAAAUGAACAUCGUGAUGAAUUUGGUGGCACAAAAACAUUUGACGGAGUAACUCUUUAUUUGCCGAUUUUAUUGAAAGAAAAAUUAACUACAUAUAUUUGUAAAAGUCUAGCAGACAAUUCUGAUAUCGAAAUACGCAUUUUAUUUAAGCGAAAAGAAGCCCUCAAAAAUUGCAUACAUCUUUAUAAUGUGCUAUUCGAUAGAGUUAUGAAAACAUUAAAUUAUGUACGCUUUGACCGAAAACAAUUCGAUCCAACAGCGCCGAAAAUUAUUCCACAAGCUAAAUUAGAAGUAUGGCCUGGUUAUGUAACUGCAAUUGACGAAUACAAAGGUGGCUUAAUGCUGUGUUGUGAUGUAUCGCAUCGACUUUUAUGUCAGAAGACUGUGCUUGAAUCAUUAGUUGAGAUCUAUCGUUCCAACUCAAAGUUGUUCCAAGAAAAUGCCAAAAAAUUUUUAUUGGGUUCCAUAGUUAUAACUCGCUACAAUAAUCGAACAUAUAGAAUAGACGAUAUUUGCUUUGAUAAGAAUCCCAAAGCAACAUUCCAAACCAAAAACGCCGAGCUGUCUUAUAUUGAUUAUUACAAACAGAGUCAUAACAUAAUAAUUAAAGAUGAAAGUCAGCCGCUUAUAAUUAGCAUAAAGAAGCAAAAAACCGCCGAUAAGCAAACGGCUGAAGACUUAGUGGUUUGUCUGAUUCCUGAGUUAUGCUAUUUGACUGGCUUACGAGAUGACAUACGCUCGGACUAUAAAUUAAUGCGUGAGAUCGCCACAUUUACAAGGGUCUCACCGAAUCAAAGGCUGCUUGCAUUGGAGAAAUUUUUCACUAACGUUAAUAACUGUCCAGAGGCUCAAAGCAUACUUCAAAGUUGGGGAUUAACAUUGAAGAACUCUCAUGAAUGUUUGAAUGGCAGACAAUUUGAAGAAGAGCAAAUAUUUUUUGCAAAAAGACAAUUUGGGGCUGGAUUGAAUGCAGACUUUUCUAAGUACGUAUGCAACAAUGAAGUUUUAGAGGUGGUCCAUUUAACAAAUUGGCUAUUAGUUCAUUGCAAAAGUGAUACAAGAUGUGCCAAAACUUUCUACGAACAUGUAGAUAGAAAUUCCCGUGCCUUAGGAAUACGCGUUGAUAAGCCGAAAAUGAUUACCUUGGAUAAUGAUCGAGUAGAUACUUUUGUGAAGGCAUUGAGAAGUCAUAUAGAUGGUCAAUCACAAAUUGUCGUAUGCAUUAGUCCAACAAAUCGUGACGAUCGUUAUGCGGCUAUUAAAAAAGUUUGCUGUGCGGAGAUACCAAUACCUUCGCAGGUAAUUAAUGCUCGAACUCUUUUGAAUGAGGGAAAGAAUCGUUCGAUAGUUCAAAAGAUCAUGUUGCAAAUGAACUGUAAACUCGGUGGAUCACUGUGGUCCGUGAAAAUUCCAUUUAAAAAUGUUAUGAUUUGUGGGAUAGAUUCAUACCACGAUGCCGCCCAGAAGGGAAAUUCCGUGGCGGCUUUUGUAGCGUCAUUGAACUCCAGUUACACAAAGUGGUAUAGCAAAGCAGUAAUACAAGGAAGGAGGGAAGAGAUCGUAAACGGUCUAUGCUCGUCAUUUACAGCUGCCGUAACGCGUUUUCAUCGAGAGAAUGGCAGAUUUCCUGACAGUAUUAUUAUCUAUCGCGAUGGUGUUGGUGAUGGUCAAUUGCCACUUUGUUCCGGUCAUGAGAUACCACAAUUGGAGGCGGCAUGCAAACGGGCUUUUACAGAUUAUGCCGUCAAAAUCACUUUUGUCGUUGUGCAAAAGCGAAUAAAUACACGGUAUUUUGCUAUGAAUCGAUCCGGUAUCGAUAAUCCGCCCCCAGGUACAGUCGUUGACGAAUGCAUUACGCGUUCCAAAAUGUAUGAUUUUUAUCUGGUGUCACAAACUGUACGCCAAGGAACUGUCACUCCGUCUCAUUAUAUAGUAUUAAGAGAUGACGCAAUGUAUAGCCCUGAUAUUAUACAAAGACUGACAUAUAAACUUUGUUUCAUGUAUUAUAAUUGGCCGGGCACUAUCCGCAUACCGGCGUGUUGUCAAUAUGCGCAUAAAAUGGCAUAUCUAAUCGGUCAAAGUAUAAGGAGGACUACAUCCGAAGAACUCUCUGACAGACUAUUUUAUCUUUAAUGUAUCGUCUGUUUAUCGAACAGAUUACAAAUUAUGUAUGUAUGUACAUACCCUGAAUUUAAGCCGUUACCAUCAAUGAAUGAAUAAUAAAAAAAGUUUGUUUUUGAAAGAAUAGUUUUAGUUUUUUGUCUCUUAUGUAUUUAAAUUUAUAAUUUUUCACAAAAUAAAAUCAAUAAAUAACUGAACUGUUUUCGAAAAAGAACCUUUUUUUAUUGUAAAAGCUCGGAAAUUUUUAUCUUUAUAUACACGUCAUUUGUCAUUGGACCCAUGGUGUGUUGGUAAGCGUUUGUUGUAUAGGCGCUCAUUUAGUAUAUAGAGGCAUAUUUAUAAAUAAGUGCUGAUAUGUGUGUGUAUAUUUUUAACAAUAAUUACCUGACAAAAUUGGCAUUUCAUAACUGUUGCUUUGGCGCAGGUUUCAGCACCUAAUACUUUAGAAAUUUCUAAUUUCGCUGGCAUAUUUACAAACAUGUGUGAUAGUGUUAUCUAAUGUGAUCGCGUGAAAUGAACUCACCACAAUGCGAUGAUAAGAAUACUCACUUAUAUGUUGUUUAUAUAAAACACUAUUUAAAUAUAGGUGUACGAACAGUGUAUGUGGAAUGUUUGUUUUCAUACAAUCCAGCCAACGUUUCAUAUUUUUUUAUUCAGACGUUCCAAUUAGUAACAUGUGACAGCAACGUGUUAUUGUAAAAAGUAUGUAAGAAGGUAAACUUGCGCAUAUCUAUUGGCAUAUAUACAUGAGCAUGAGUGAAGCAUGUGUAGGUGUAUGUAAAACGUCAUAUUAGUUGAAAAUGCUGCGUUCCCGGAUGUUGUUCACAUGCGUUAUUCACUUCGUGUGCUCUGACUGGUCUGCAACCAAGUGUAUGACUCGAAAGUAAAGUAAAGAGAAAAAACAUAGGGCACGUGAACGUGACAAAUGCUUGUUUACUUCGAAUCGUUUUAAAUUUAUUCGUAUGUAUUUGACUUUAGCCUGAUUGGUGUAUACACGUUUCCAUGAAGGUUGUUGCUCAGUUGGCUAUUGACAUUGGAAAUCCUCACCUGAGUAGUGCAAUUUAGAUGAAAUGCCAUGCUGGGUAGUAUAAUAAGCAGUCGAUUUCUCCAAUCCAUCCAAUACUAGGUAGAUUGUCAUGAAAGCUGUCGAUAUUUAGUUAAAAUCCAUGAAAGGAGGACUUACUUUGAAAAAUUAAUAGUACUUAAAUUCCAAUUGGACAAUACUGGAAUUAAAAAAAAAACAUAUAUUAUUAUAUUAUAUAGAGAGGUUUUUACUUCCUUUACAUGUUAUAGUUUAGGAGUACACAUUUUAACUCAAAAAUCUAAACAAUAGCUUUUUUGCGUUUUCAUACAUAGUGUCCAUAUUUUUACCGGUAUUAUAUAUUAACAUUCGAAUGUACGAAACAACCUCAGCAGUUUGUCCAACCAUGUGCUAUUACGGAAGUAGAUCCCAUUGCUGUUGAGGACAUGAAUUUUUUCAGGCCAAGGACUGUCAUUUAGCAUUCCCUAAAUUAGACUAUGUUUUCUACCACUACAGCAAUGGACCUAAUCAUUGAAUCCGUAGGGCCAAGGGCUGCCAUUUCGACGAUCUAACCCUGUUUGGCUUGGUAAGUAUUAAGUAUAUUAUUAAAAUCGAAGAACACACGUUAUUUACGUAUGUCUCAAACUUCAAUAUCCAGCCGAGUGUUGUACAGUGUAAUAAUAAGAUAACAAUAUAAUACAUAUUUUACUGGCUGGCAUUUAAGUACACCUCUCUUCCUACGUAUACAUAAGUAUAUCCAUGUCCAUGUACAUGUGCAUACGUAAGUCCAUUUUCGAUUAUUCAAGCUGUGUCGAAAGCGAAGUUGCAAUGAAUGAAUGUCGAAAACAGUAAAACAGCGUCAAAACGUUGGAAGCAAAAAAGACAAUUACUCAGUUAAGCUGUGCUGAGCUGAAACAAACAUACGAACACCAGUUGUCGAACAACAACUAACAACGUUGUACCGUUGAGCAUUUUCAACGUUAUCGACAUUCAUUUCCAAUGACGUAAUAUCUCACGCGAUUUCAGCAUGUCAGCAUUCAAUUCGUGGCAUAUUAGUCAGUCACGUGUUGAUGAAAUGAACUUACAUAUCUAUGUACAUACUUAUGUAGAUAUGUUCAUACAUCUGUAUGUGCCAAACUUGUGUGACUUGUUUUGAGUUUUCACAUUUUAUACUACCUAAUUUUGUAUGUUGAUCGUUUAAUGUUAUACAUACAUAUGCACAUGCAUAUGAUGCUUUUUGAGAUUUUAUGAUAUUUAUAACUUGGUGACGAAUAACUCUUGUUGUUUCGAAUCUUUCAGCCUCUUUGUGUUUCGCUCGUGGAUUUUGCUCCAUUUUUUAUGUUCUUAGAUGUAGCUUAUACUGUAGCUUUAUUAUAAUGAACAUAUGUAUGUAUAUCAAAAUGAUCAGGAUGACGAGACGAAUUAAAUUCCGAAUAUCUGUCUGUCCACCUGUCCUUUCGUUUGUCCGUACAAGCAAUAACUUGAGUAAAAAUGGAGAUAUCUCGACAAAACUUGGUACUCAUCUCAGUACGAUCUGAGGAUGUUGGUAAAUAAAGAGUUAUAGCUACCUCACAAAUGUUGCCAAAAUUUGAAUUGUACAGAAUUUUAUAAAAAAAUUUCUAGAAUUCUUGAUAUAUGUACAUAUCGCUCAAUUACUUGAAUAGUGUCAUUACUCUAAAAACACGAUUUUUGAGUUGAGUAUGCAGAAAUGUGCGCAAUUUCAUCGUCCAUAUUGUAUAAAAAUUUCAUUCCGAUACGUAGGAAGAUAAAUCGUGAUAUAAGAAUUUGCCGUUCUUAAACUUGUUAUGUUGCAUUAGUUUUUAACCACAAUAACGACACUUCUCAGUUGUGCCAGAAUUAGUUAUAAUUUUUUUACGAAAUAACGACAUAUUUGGUGUUCCAACACAUAUUGUGAAAAGGUGAAUUUGAUUUUCAUUUUAGAAAGAACGAAACAUUUUGUAUUACAACGAUAUUGUUGAAAAAUUAAUUAAAUUUUUCAUAUUGCUUUUUUCAGCAAAAACGACACAUUUGAGUCAGGUUUAUGCCCAAGAAAUAGCAUUAGUACACUCUAUUUGGUCCAUUUAUGCUCAAUAUUGUAUUUAAUAUAUUACAGGGCACUAGAUUUGUAAAUAAACUGAUGGAAUUUUUCUAUAUUUGCUAAAUAAGAGACAAUUGAAAACUUUAAAUCGCUCUCCUGAAAAAUCGACUUUUUUGAGUUGUGACACUAUUCAAGUAAAUGAGCGAUAUGUACCAAAACCAAAUAAAAACGUCAGAAGCGUUAAAUUCUUGCAGGCCUGUCUGUAUAUGAAAAAGUAAGUAUAUUAAGUGGCUAUUUUUCAUAAUAUUAUUAUUAUAUAAUACUUUACUAGACAGCUCAACACUGAGGGCUUAACUCCCGCUAAAAAUAGUCUCGUAAUACGAACAAUAUUUGAAUAUCGGGUUUAAUUUGAUCUCGUGGAAUUUCAGAAUUUGCAGUCAGAUAUAUAAAUAAGAAAUCAUCUUUAACUUAUUCUACUACGUUAAUUUUCCGAAAUAACAAACACAUUCAGGCCUGUUCGUUACAUCGAAUUUUUGGUUAAUUUGAUUACUCAAUAAAAAUAAAUAUGUUAAACAUCCGUAAAUUGCAGUAUUAAAUUAUUUGUUAACAAACGAAAAACCAUAACAGAACAGUUCAAAUGUUGUCUUAAAAGACGUAAUGUGCAUAAAAACCAAAUUCACGUCAAACGAGAUCAAAAUAUUUGUCCAAUAGUUAUACUAUGUAAAUGCCUAUAGCUAUUUAAAAACUUGAUCAGUCGUCGUUCGCUUCGUUGGAAUACGAAUAUUAUAUUCCAUGGCUCUUUCCUAAAGAUCAAUCAAUAUAAUAAGUUUUUCGAAAUUUAUAUUGUUCUAUUGUGCUACUCUUAGUUAUUCUGCAGAGUAUACAAUAUUUUUUUUUUUUUUAAUUUGCACAUUUGUUUUGAAUUUUUCAAUUCAAUUUAAUUUUGUUUUUACGUCGAUUUUAUUUGAUUUUCGCCUUUCUAAAUAAAUAUCUUUUCCAUGUUGUUCGUUAAACCGAGUGUACUUACAAAUCCUCAAUGUUUGUUAUAUACUUUUGGUGAGUAGCACAAUCAAACGUCGUUAGGUCAACAAAAUGCAUAUACCCUAUGCAACAUGUUGCGUGAGUUAAAAAUUCUAUUGUAAACAUUAACUGAUAAUGUCAUAUAGGAUUCUGCAAAUGUCACGUGUUGUUUGGUUACUAAGCUUUUGUGUAUUUUAGUUGUUUAUAUUUUUCUCUCCGAAUAAGCAAAUGUGGAUAUGCAAAGUUAAUCUUUGUGCUGAAAGUAAAUAUUUGUUCCAAUUGUACACAAUCGCACUCUAGACCAGAUCAGCUCAUUCAUGAAGAAUUCAGUGGAAUUUUUUGGUGAAAAAGCUUUUUUCUUCUUACAUACAUAUACAAUAGUCUUGUUUAUAUUAAAUCUGUGCUGAGUUCGAAAAAAGUAGAUAUCUUAGUCAAGAAAUUGUAUGGAUAGCCUUAAGCUGAAGCUCCAUAGCUCGGGUAUGCGAAUUAGGGAUGCAAACAUCGUGAAAUUAAACAUCGAUGGUUCGAUGUAUCGAUGUUUCUCCAAAACCCAUCGAAAUCAAAAACAUCGGCCAUUAAAACAUCGAUACAUCGAAACAUCGACGUAUUUUUGAACUUUUUUAACGUAUUUUAUAAGUGAGCAUAAAAGGCUUAUUUCAGAACCAUAAAUAAGUGAAAUACAGUAGUACGCCUUUAGUUGAUAUAUAUUUGAGCUACCUAUUAAAACCUUUUCUCAAUAAAUAAAAUAUAUAAAUAGUUUUUUAACAAACAACAAAUUAUUUAUUUAAAACAGAAUUUAAAAAUAGCAAUUUGGAAAGUCUUUUUCCUGUCAAGCGAUUUCUUUGCUGUGUGAUCGUUGCUCCAGCUUUAGAAAACAGUCGUUCACUAGGUACUGAAGUGGCCACAAUAGAUAAAUGUUUGGAAGCUUGUUUAUACAAUUCCGGGAAUACAUUUUUCAUAUCAUCCCACAUUUCUGUUGGAUUCUGAUUGAUAGAAGCAACAGCCGAUCCAAGAUACAUUUGCACUUCAACUUCCGUUGUUGUAAUAGCAGAUGAAUUGGAAAACUUACAUUUCAUAUUUUGGUGGGCCAACUGUUUAUGAUGGCUCCAAAUAUCAAACGGGUUUUCUGUUGCAAACUCAUCCGAAGAUUCCGACGUACUAACGCUAUUAUUUGCAUCCUUUAUGAAACUAUUUAAAUACAAAACUGUUUUUUUUUUUUUAGCCAGUGCAUCUUUAAAAUGCAGUAAUUUGAAUCUCGGAUCCAAUACAGUAGCCAACGCCAGAACUGAAUUAAAUUCAAGUUUGUCAAAUCUCUUAUUCAUGUUCUUUUGCAGUUCACUUUUUAGCUCCCCUACAAUAGCAUCUUGAGCUGAAAUUUUUGUCAGAGCUUCAGUUAAACAGCUUACUAAAGGUAACCUUGCUAAUGGUAACGUAGGUAUCAGCCGAAAUCUCCCUGGUCACAAUUUCAAAACACUUUAAUAAUUCAAUCAGCUCCUUAAUUUUGUUCAGCUCGGAGGCAUUAACCAUAGAGGGUGCUUCUGGGCGAGUGAGCAGUACUUCACUUAAAAUAGGGACUAACUGGACAAAUCUCUCUAACAUAUAAAAACAUGAAUUCCAUCGCGUUCUUACGUCAAGAAUCAUUUUCUUGGUAUUACUUGUAGAAGCCCCGGUGUCUAUUUGUUUCUGCCGCAAUUGAUCACUGGCAUUAACACUUCUUUUAAUAAACUUAACAAUGUCGCGCACCUUAGUUAUCAAAGCUGAUACUUCCGUGGACUUAUCUAUUGAUUGCGUUACAACCAAAUUUUUUUUUCGCCAAACAAGCUUCUAUUUAAUUUCAUCAUGGUUGAAUCAUUAUCAGUUACACAAGCAGAAACUUUAUUUAUGGAAACGUUCCACUCGUUGAAAAGUUUACGCAUAGUUCCUUCUAUAUAAGCUUCUGUAUGACUUUCGUGCAGUUCGAUUACUCCUAACGUCCCACUCAACAAACGUAAAUUGUCCAAAAAUGAAUUGUUACCCCAAGAAACGACUGAUUUUUCAUUGUCUCCGUCCAUAUGUCAUACGUUAGGCAAUAGCUGUCGCACUUUCGAAUAUACUCUUUGAAAAUUGAAGACAGCGCUUCAUAUUUUUCAUCCACUCGUGAUUUUAUUGUUUCUCUACUUGGAACUUUAAAAAGCGGAACCAGUUCUUUCAUCAUCUGCAGAAAACCUUUUCCUUCUACAGUGGAAAAUGGCUUGUUGUCCAUUAUAAUAUAUUUCACAAUUGCUUCAGUAAUUAUACUCUCGCAACAAAUGUUGCUAAAGAGAGUAUUAUAGUUUUGUUCACAUAACGGUUGUUUGUAACACCCAAAACUAAACGAGUUAGAUAUAGGGUUAUAUAUACCAAAGUGAUCAGGGUGAAGAGUGGAGUUCAAAUCCGAAUGUCUGUCUGUCCGUCCGUCCGUCCGUCCGUCUGUGCAAGCUGUAACUUGAGUAAAAAUUAAGAUAUCUUGAUGAAACUUGGCACACUUAUUUCUUGGCACCAUAGGAAGGUUGCUUUCGAAAAUGAGCAAAAUCGGACCACUGCCACGCCCGCAAAAUGGCGAAAACAGAAAACACAUAGUGCCAUAACUAAGCCAUAAAUAAAGCUAUGGAAAUAAAAUUUGGAACAUAGGAUCGUAUUAGGGAGGGGCAUAUUUGGAUGUAAUUUUUUUGGGGAAGUGGGCGCGGCGCCCCGCCCCCUACUAAGUUUUUUGUACAUAUCUCGCAAACCAAUAGAGCUAUAUAAACCAAACUUUCUGCAGUCGUUUUUUUAGCCAC